UCAUUAGACUCGAUACUAAGCGGUCGUGUUUUUUGUGCUGAGUAAAAUGAAACAUUUUAAUUAAUUAUUAUACUUUCCUAUCAAUAAUUCUGCGGAGUUGUAAUAUUGAGUAAAGUGUGUCGCAUUGUUUUAAGUGAGUCAUCAUUGUUUGGUACAAGAUGAACUAAAACUAUUAGACUAUUCUGUGUUAAUAUGUCAAACCCGGGUUUAAGCCCUUUCGGGCGUAGCCAAUUGCUAAGACGUAGCCCACCCCCAACGCCCUCACCUUCAGAACAACAUCAACCAAGAGACCAAGAGCCGCCAGCGUCCUCAGAGCCUGAAGUUGAAUUUAUUUCUACGCCAGAAAUACAGAAAUGGAUGGGUGCCAUAGAAACAAUAUUAUCGGAAGUUUGCACUAUCGUGUCGGAGGGAAAAAUGAAUAAUGACCAGAAGUUACGCGUCACUAACCUUUGCCGUAAGGUCUCGCAUGGUACAUCGCAACUGGCGGUACAGUACCAGUCCCUAAAGCAAAAAACCCUCCAAGCACAUGUAACCAUUCAGCAUCUUCAGGGUCGGCAGGACAUUGCAGACUCAAUUAAAGAAAUAAAAAAGGCAGUUGAAACGGAGCGGAAUACUGGUAGUAUUUCCUAUGCCAAUGUGGUGAAAAAAGGAGAAAAUUUAGUACGCCCAGCUAAUUUACAAUCUAUAGCCAUAUACCCUGCAGAUAAGACGCAGUCCAGUGACGACACAAAGACUCUAGUACAAAAAAUAAUCUCGCCUGAAGAAUUAAAAUUGCGAGUCCGUGGCAUGAAAAAAAUUAGGAAUGGAGGCGUAAUCAUAAGUGCGGAUAGCAAAGGAGAUAUUGAGAAACUAAAAGCUUCCGAAAAACUCGUUUCUUCAGGCCUCAAAGUCGAAGAGCCUUCCAAACGCCGUCCUAGAAUAGCAGUCAUUGGUGUCCCGGUUGCUCUUACGGAAAAAGAAGUAUUGGACUGUAUAUUCGAACAAAACCUAUCCGAAAAGCUGGCCAAUACCUCGCGUGAGUCCUUUUUAGAAGAGAUAAAAGUCAGCCACAAAUCAGGGAAGAAAGAUCGGCCUACCUGUAAUUAUAUCCUAGAGGUACCUGCAAGCAUUAGAAAAAUGCUGAUAAUUCAAGGCCGCAUUUUUAUAAAUUGGACGUCAUGCCCAGUAAGGGAUUUUACAAUUGUAACCAGAUGCUUCAACUGCCAACAGUUUGGACAUGCAGCCAAGUAUUGCCGCGAAACCAGACCCACAUGCAACCUCUGCGGUGAGAUGGGUCAUGCUUUUAAAGAGUGUCCCAACAAAUCGUCUCCACCCAAUUGUGCGACCUGCAAACGCUUUCAGCGCAAGUGUGAUCAUCCCACUGGUGAUAUGAACUGCCCGGCACGCAAGUAUGCUGAAGACAAUUACAUUAAUUCAAUUGAUUAUGAAGGCGCCUAAGAGCGCCAAUUAUAUAUUUAUUAAGUAGCACAUAUACAGUAGGGUUUUAUCUUUAUUUAUUUCUAUAGUUUCUAACUUUAUGUCAGAGCAAUUAAUCAGUGACAUUGACAAUUUUUCCGUAUCUGAAGUCAUAGUUUGUAAC